AUGAAUAAAUUCUUUUUCGUGUUCGCAAUAGAAACAUUGUUAAAUCUUCGCACUGUUUCCUGCGGUUAUCAACAAGAUAUGGCUGUUGAACAAGUUUUCAAUGAACUACUUAAGAUUUAUGAAUCUUCCAUUCAACCUCUUGAAAAUGCAUACCGGUUCAGUGACCUAAAUAAAGAUGCUUUGCUAGGUGCAGAAAUUAAUGCUAAGCCUCUGAUUUUGCUCGUUGGACCAUGGAGCACGGGGAAAACAACCUUCAUUAACUACUUGCUUGGUGUAGAAAACUCCCCACAUAAACUUCAUACAGGUGCAGAGCCAACUACUAGUGACUUUUUUAUAAUAAAAAAUGGUUCGCAGUAUAGGACAAUAAAAGGGAUGCAACUCAUAACAGAUAAAACAUUACCAUUUGCUUCCCUUGAAAGAUUGGGCAUGAAUUUUAUAGAACGACUAAAAGGAGUUGAGCUUCAAUCGCCAUUGCUUGAACUAGUGACAUUAGUGGACACUCCUGGCAUCCUGGAGAAUAAAAAACAGCAAGAGAGGGGCUACCCAUUCAAUGAAGCGAUUGAGUGGUUUUUUCAAAGAGCCAGCAUCAUCUAUUUGGUGUUUGAUCCCACCAAGUUGGAAGUAGGGUCUGAGCUGGAGGUGGUUUUUAAUAUGCUUAAAGGCCAUGAUGGUAAAGUCAAACUGCUAUUAAACAAAGCCGACACAGUUUCUCAGCAAGAGCUAAUGAAAGUGUACGGAGCUUUAUUCUGGAGCCUGGCCCCACUGAUACACUCUGUGGAGCCUCCGAGGGUGUACAUUGGAUCCUUUUGGUCAAAGAAACGUUCAAAUCACCCACUAGCCAAUCUGUUUGAAGAAGAAGAAUCUACCAUGCGUUCGGAUCUUAACCAGACCAUCGAAAACCAGGUUGAAAAUAAGAUUGCUUAUGUGCGUCAACAUGCCUCUUUAGUUCGCUUGCAUGCUCUCACCAUAGAUGCCUUUAUUAAAGUAUAUGAGAAAAACAAAAAAUUAUUAUCCAACAAUGAUGAAUUAAUUUUAAAUAUCAUUGAAGAUCCCAACAAAUAUAAUGUCUUUCAAAACUUGUUGUUAAACUCGGAGGUAAGCAAACAUGAUCUUCCAAAACCAGAAACAUACACUGAAUUUUUCAAACUAAAUCCAUUAACAACAUUUACACCUCUAAGUAAACAUUGCCCAUUUUUUAGUGAUUGUUAUCUUGAAGCCAUCAACAAAGCAUUAAACAUACAUUUGUCUCAUCUGCUAGAAAACAUAACCUUUAUACGAAGAAAUGCUUUUUGUACCAAAAAGAAUUGUUUAAAACCAUGAUAACAUACAAAUCAUGA